UGCUGAGUCGAAUAAGUUACGCUACAAAGACGGUUUAAUAACGUAACCAUCAGUUUUAACCAGUUUGUGUGAUAUUAAACCGGAUUUUCCUGCGUCUGUGCCGCUUUACGUGACGGUGACAGGCUGCUAACUUUACCUCCAGAGUAUUGUGGGGUAAAAUGCCGUGUGAGAGGAUGCCGAUGCGGUACGGACACUCGGAGGGACACACAGAGGUCUGCUUCGAUGACUCUGGAAAAUUCCUUGUGACCUGUGGAAAUGAUGGGGACGUGCGGAUUUGGGAAAGUCUGGAUGACGAUGACCCAAAGUUCAUCACUGUCGGGGAGAAGGUUUACUCUGUGGCGCUGAAGAACGGGAAACUGGUCACUGCAAGUUCUAACAACACGGUUCAGGUCCACACGUUUCCAGAUGGAGAUCCGGACGGCAUCCUGACCCGCUUCACCACCAAUGCCACACACAUCACCUUCAACAGCAGCGGCACACGGGUCGCCGCCGGAUCCAGUGACUUCAUGGUUAAAGUGGUGGACGUAGCCGACAGCAGCCAACAGAAAACACUCCGCGGCCAUGAAGCCCCUGUCCUCAGCGUGACCUUUGACCCUAAAGAUGAGUAUCUGGCGUCGUCGAGCUGUGACGGUUCAGUCGUGGUUUGGAACAUCGAGGAGCAGUCUCAGGUGAAAAGCUGGAACCUUCUGCAGAAGAGCAGUGACGUCACCAACGCCACGUCUCUGUGUCGUCUGUCCUGGCAGAACCAGACGGCGAAGUUUUUAGCCGUUCCCGUCGACUCGAAGGUCCACCUGUAUGAACGAGGCUCCUGGGAUCAGGUCGGGACGCUGUCAGAUGAUCAGCUGACACAGCCCAUCAACGUGGUGUCCUGGUCUCCGUGUGGACGCUUCUUGGCCGCCGGCUGCAUCGGAGGGUUAAUGACGGUGUGGGACGUGGACAACCGUCUGUGUGUGGAGAGGCAGAAACAUGAGAAAGGCUUCACGGUGUGCAGCCUGGCGUGGCAUCCAUCAGGCCAUCAGAUCGCCUACACCGACACCGAGGGCAGUCUGGGUCUGUUGGAUGGACUCAGCUCAGCCUCGUCCACCUCCAACAGCACCAAGGCUCCAAUAAACAAACCUGUGAAAAACUAUGAUGACCUAUUUGAUGAUGAUGAUGACCAACUCAUGGAUGAAGGACUGAGCGACACCAACACUCCGGUGAAGAAGCCGACAACAACGACAGCUGAUGAAGAUGAUGAUGACGAUGAUUAUCUGAUGCCUGCAACGGGUCGAGUCAGAAACAGAGGGACGUUUCUGGAUGACGACAACUCGAUGGACACCGGUUCUCUGAGGCUCGGUCAGGAUAAAGAUGGUGAUGAUGACGCCAGCAGCGCCGUGGUCCCGGCGGCAGCGCCCCCCCAGAUACCUCUGCGCCCCAUCUACGAGGGGCCCCUGCCCACCCCUCCUCAGAAGGCCUUUCAGCCCGGAUCCACACCUGCACACCUCACACACCGAUUCAUGAUGUGGAACUCGGUGGGAAUUAUCCGAGGUUACAAUGACGAGCAGGACAACGCCAUCGACGUGGAGUUCCACGACACGGCCGUGCACCAUGCCAUGCACCUCACCAACUCACUGGGCCACACCAUGGCUGACCUUUCCCAGGAGGCCGUGCUCCUGGCCUGUCCCAGCACCGAGGAGCUCGCCAGUAAGCUGCAGUGUCUCCACUUCUCGUCAUGGGACACCAAUAAGGACUGGAUGGUGGACCUGCCACCAGGGGAGGACGUGCGUGCGCUGUGUCUGGGGCGGGGCUGGGCAGCGGUCGCCACCAGUUCACUGAUGGUUCGUCUGUUCUCUGUGGGCGGAGCCCAGAGGGAGGUGUUCAGCCUCCCUGGACCUGUGGUCUGCAUGUCAGGACACGGGGAGCAGCUGCUCAUCGUCUACCACCGAGCUGCAGGUUUCGAUGGAGACCAGGCUCUUGGAGUUCAGCUGCUGCAGUUUGGUGGAAGGAAGCGUCAGGUGGUCCACGGUGAGCCCCUCCCCCUCAGCCCAAAGGCCCAUCUGUCCUGGGUGGGCUUCACUGCAGAAGGGACUCCGUGCUUCGUGGACUCGGAGGGGGUGGUUCGGAUGCUCAAUCGCUCUUUGGGGAACACUUGGACGCCGGUCUGCAACACCAGAGAGACCUGCAAGAGCAAGUCAGACCACUACUGGGUGGUGGGGGUCCAUGAGAACCCCCAGCAGCUCAGGUGUAUUCCAUGUAAAGGGUCCAGGUACCCCCCCACCCUGCCCAGACCCGCUGUGGCCAUCCUGCCCUUUAAAAUACCGCUGUGUCAGACGACCACGGAGAAAGGACAGAUGGAGGAGCAGUUCUGGCGUUCCGUCCUCUUCCACAACCACUACAGCUUCCUGUCGUCCAGCGGCUACGAGAUUGACGAGGAGGCUCAGAACCAGUCACACAAAGAGCAGCAGGAACUUCUAAUGAAGAUGUUCGCGUUGUCGUGUAAACUGGAGAGGGAGUUCCGUUGCGUGGAGCUGGCAGAACUGAUGACCCAGAACGUGGUAACUCUGGCGAUCCGAUACGCAUCGCGGUCCCGGAGGAUGGCCCUGGCCCAGCGCCUCAGCGAGAUUGCUCUGGAGAAAGCCAGUCAGAGUAGAGAGGAGGAGGAAGAGGAGGAGGCUGAGUUCAACAGCGUCAGACAGAAUUCUGGGUUCAGUCGGAAUGAGGUCACAGGACGUCACCACAGCAACAGACAUGAGGAGGAAGAGGAAGAUGAUGAGGAGGAGGAGCCUCAGGGAGAAGAUGAGGAAGAGGAGGGACAGGAGACAGAGACAGAAACCAGGAAACGUCUGAAUCCUUUCGCCAAAGACUCCAGUUCACCUGAGAGGCCGUCGGUCAAACCAGUCGUUAAAGUCGGACGCUCCAACCCUUUUAAGGUUCCUGGUUCUGGUAAACCGUCCCCUGGUCCAGCCCGGGUCACCAACAUCCUGGACAACAUGUCAUCCAGCAGGAAGCCGGGUCCACUGAGCGGAUCAGCAGGAAAAGGAAGCAAAGGCCCCGUCCUCAAACCGCUGGCCCCCAGACCCAAAACCAAGACUCAGUCCACUCUGCUCCAGAUGAGCGGCUCUAAAUCAGCUGAUCGGAAGGUCAACGCUGAGGUCAACGCCAAGACGCCGUCACAGGCCGAUCAGCCGCCGCCGCUGGCCACGCCCACAGAGGACUCUGAGAAUACAAGGCCGAAGACGGGCUUCCAGCUGUGGUUAGAGGAAAACAGGAAGAGCAUCACGGCGGACUGUCCAGACCUGGAGGAAACUGAGGUCAUCAAAGAGGCCAUGGGUCGGUUCAGGACGCUGACGGCGGAGGAGAGGAUGUCGUGGACGGAGCGAGCGAAAGGCCCGGGCGGAGACGCCGGCGACCUGAAGAAGAGGAAACGGGAAGGAGGGGACGGAGCUGAGAAUGACGUGGCGGAGACGGACCAAAACAACGCCAAGAAGAAGAAAUCUGUGGACGCAUCUUCCAAACUGUCGGCAUUUGCAUUUAACAAAAACUAAAGCCACAGUUAGUGGAGUUUGAGUUCAGAUUUCACUGAAAAUAUAAGACGUCUUUUAAUUUUGUCUGUUUUUUUUUUUUUAACGUUUCUUA